AUGACCACCCUCGGCGAUGACCUCCUGCGCACGGUCAACAAACUCCAGGACCUCGUCUUCAACACCAUCGGCAAUGAUUCCCUCGAUCUGCCCCAGAUAGUCGUCGUCGGCUCGCAGUCUUCGGGAAAAUCCUCCGUCCUCGAGAACAUUGUAGGCAGGGACUUUCUUCCACGCGGCAGUGGCAUCGUGACUCGCCGACCGCUGAUACUCCAACUCAUCAACAUCCCUCCCGAUGAGGACGAGACUACCAAUGGCAACGGCGAUGCCCAUGCUCCUCAUUCCUAUCGAAGCGUUGAAGAGCAUGGGGAAUGGGCCGAGUUCCUUCACAUCCCGGGUCGCAAAUUCACCGACUUCAACCAGGUCCGAGCCGAGAUCGAGAAUGAGACGGCGAGAAUAGCAGGAAACAACAAAGGCAUCAACAGGCAGCCCAUCAACCUCAAAAUCUUCUCCCCUCACGUGCUCAACCUGACCUUGGUUGAUCUGCCUGGCUUGACAAAGGUGCCUAUUGGCGAUCAACCCGCGGACAUCGAGAAACAGACCAGAACCCUCAUCUCCGAAUACAUCGCGAAACCGAACAGUAUCAUCUUGGCCGUCUCGCCUGCAAACGUCGAUCUCGUGAAUUCCGAAGCGCUCAAGCUUGCCCGUCAUGUGGAUCCCAUGGGAAGAAGGACAAUCGGAGUCCUCACAAAAUUGGACUUGAUGGAUCAUGGCACAAAUGCGCUCGACAUUCUGUCCGGUCGCGUCUAUCCAUUGAAGCUUGGAUUCAUCGGCGUGGUGAAUCGGUCACAGCAAGACAUCCAAACAAGCAAACCGAUGUCUGAGGCUCUCAAAUCCGAAGCGGAGUUUUUCAGGCAUCAUCCGGCAUAUCGGAACAUGGCAACAAGAUGCGGGACUCAAUACUUGGCUAAAACCCUGAACACGACUCUCAUGGCUCAUAUCCGUGACAGGCUGCCGGAUAUCAAGGCGCGGUUGAAUACACUGAUGGGACAGACCCAACAAGAGCUGGCAAGUUAUGGCAGCAAGCAGUUCAGCGGCAAGGAGCACCGUGGCUCGCUGAUCCUUCAACUGAUGACCCGAUUUGCGACAUCCUUCAUCUCGUCCAUCGACGGUACAUCCUCCGAGAUCUCGACUAAAGAACUCUGUGGUGGCGCAAGGAUAUACUACAUCUUCAACUCGGUGUUUGGCAACUCCCUCGAAACCAUCGAUCCUACCCACAAUCUUUCCGUCCUUGACAUCCGAACAGCCAUAAGAAACUCUACCGGUCCGCGUCCCAGUCUUUUCGUCCCCGAACUUGCGUUCGAUCUGCUGGUGAAGCCGCAGAUCAAGCUUCUAGAAAUCCCUAGCCAGCGAUGCGUGGAGCUGGUCUAUGAAGAGUUGAUUAAGAUAUGUCAUACAUGCGGAUCAACGGAACUGUCACGAUUCCCACGACUACAGGCCAAGCUCAUCGAAGUCGUGUCAGACUUGCUGAGAGAGCGACUCGGCCCGUGCUCAGGUUAUGUCGAGUCUCUGAUUGCCAUUCAGCGCGCUUACAUCAACACAAAUCAUCCCAACUUCCUCGGCGCGGCCGCGGCAAUGUCGUCUGUCAUCGCCAGCAAGAAUGAAAAGGACAAGAAAGCAGCUCAGGAGCAAGAGAGGCGGAAACGAGAGCAGCAACGGAGAAAGCAACUGGGCGUCAACGGUGCGGCCACGCCAGACGAAGAGGAGGCCGAGCAGGAAGACAAGCCCACCACCUUACCGACCAGGAAACAUCCGACUAUCAGCAGAAGUAUGUCGCCCGCUGUGGCCCGCGAACGAGAAAAUGGCUCGGCCGGUGCAGCGAGAGAUUCCUUCCUCAACUACUUCUUCGGCAAGGAGAACGGAUUACCAGGUACAGCAUUACCCGGAAGCCCAGCUAUCGUCCCAUCGUCUGCCUCAGUGGCACACAGACACGUCAGCCACAGCACGGACCCGAGCUUUUCGCAGAGCAUACGGCGGAUGGAUCGUGGCAGUUUUACAGAUCGGUCGCCUGUCUACCCGCCAGCCAUGAACGAUGACUAUGCGCCUGCCUCAGAGUAUGGUGAUGCGACGGCGUUAUUUCCUGAGCAGUCCGCCGAGCCUGCAUUGACAGAGCGCGAAGCCCUGGAGACAGAACUCAUCCGCCGGCUCAUCUCGUCUUACUUCAACAUCGUCCGCGAGACCAUCGCCGAUCAAGUCCCGAAAGCCAUUAUGCACUUACUCGUCAACCAUAGCAGGGAUGAGGUGCAGAACCGUCUUGUCAGCGAGCUAUACAAAGAAGACCUGUUUGGCGAACUGCUGUACGAGGAUGACGGAAUCAAGAAGGAGCGGGAAAAGUGCGAGAAGUUGUUGAGUACGUACAAGGAGGCUGCCAAGAUCGUGGGCGAGGUGUUGUAG